CGUCGCCCCCCGGCCGGUGAAUAAACUCGCAUUCAUCUAUCCCCGGCCAAUAGGGCCUAACGCGUUCGAAAAUUUGUGUUAAUUUGAUUGUUAAAUUCGAUUUCGGGAUAAAAAACAAUUAUCAGAAGCAUGAUGAGGGGACCGACGAUUGUUACAAUGCCGGGCGGGGGCGGGCAGGGCGGCAUCCCUUGCUGUUUCUGCCGUUGUUGCACGUGUAUUCAGUUGCAAGUGUUGAAAACUCAAGACGGGGUGCUCAAAUUAGCCGAAAUAAUAGUGGGAUUAUUUUGCCAAACGCUCGCAGUGAAUUUCGGAUCUUCGUACUCAUCAACGAUCGGAACUUCCUAUCAAUCGUUUUUAUCGACAGCAUCUUGGUGUUUAUUGACCAGCUUUCUGCUGUUGCUGAAUUAUUUGUUUUCCCAAAAGUCGCUGCAUUUACUCAAGUCUUCUUUGUUUGAGACCCUUUUUAACAGCAUAGCGGCGUUGAGCUAUUUCGGUUCGUGCUCUUAUUUAGGCUGGGCAGUGUAUACAGUUUUGAAACCCAUGUUCGUCGUUACUCCGUUUUUUCAAGUGUAUCCGGCGAUGAGCGCAGUUUAUUUUAUGGGAACAGUACUGGGAUUUAUUUACGCGUACGACGCUUACAAGUCCUAUCAACAUUUCAAGGGAUUUCGUUGAAAUCGUUCAACAUAUUUUUACUAUACAUAAUUGUUUAAACUAUUUAUUUAAUUAUUUUUUUUUCCUCAUUAUAAUAUCAUUUUGUAACUACAACGUAGUUUUUAAUCUAGUCACAACUGCAAAACCG